AUGUCCAGCAUCUUGAAACCAUCCUACGAAGGAUACGUCGGCACUCCAGACGAGGCGCGGAGGGUCGUCCAAGGGUGCGUGAUGGGCAUAUUACACCACGCCCCUCGUCGGAUGCGCAAAAGCGAAGAGGCCGAAUUGAUCCAAUCUGGUAACGUCUUUGUGGUCGAGAAGAACGCAUCUGGAAUUGAAGAGUGGGUGGACAGUGUGGACUGGAACGCCAGCGAGCCUCUUAAGAAGAAGACCUUCACUGUCACUAUGCAUGGUCACAGGCAUCAUGUGACAUCGUACUAUACGGACGAGGACAUACGGAACCAUCGGCUUCAGAUUCCAUCUUGCAGCGUUCUUCUACAGAAUAUCUAG